AUGCCGUCGCGCCCCGCGGACCUCCGUGCCGUGCAGGACGCCAUGGCCGCCGCGGCCGGAGCCCAGCGGCUGGAGCCGGAGGGGCGCCAGAGCGCGGUGUGGCUCGGGGGGCAGUGGAACAGCGCGGCGGAGCGCUGGGAGCGGGAGGACGGCUCGGAGGUCGCGGGCAUCGACUGGGCGGAGGGCGAGCCCUCGGCGGCGGGGGACCAGGCGCGGGAGCCGUGGCUGCGGAUGACCCCGGACGGCAAGGUCCACGACACCGACCCGCGGUCGCUCUACGGCACCAUCUGCGAGCGUGGCGCCGGCGGCGCGGCGAGCUGGGACGAGGUCGAGGAGGCCAUGCGGCCGCCGUCGACGCUGCGGCAGCUGACGUCCGCGGGCGCCCUGCCGGCGGGUCCGGCGGCGCUUCCCACGGCCAUGGCCCGGCGCCGCACCGCCCGCGCCGCUGAUAUGACCCUCGAGCCGGGCGCCCGCGGCCCGCUGGCUGCUCGCGGCCGUCCCCGUGCCGCUCUUCAGGGUCAACGAUCCUCCAGGCUCGAGCUGAACGUGGUCUUGGGCGGUUUCGUGGACCGUUCUCCUUCUGAGUGGUUUUUGCAGCAGAGGCGGGCGAAGACAGAACGAGAUGGAUGUGCACCCCCGGGAGGGUCCGGGGGGGGCGAUUUCGAGGAUUUGGGCCGGGCGCGCGAGCCGCCGUUGCCUCGAUUGGCCCGCCUCCGAUCCGCGUGCCGGCCCGUGUUCGGCGCCGGCCCGACGAUAGAGUGCCAGCGUGUCUCGAUCCUCGAGUGUCGUCGUCGUCGUUGCAGCGUGCAGUGCGGUGAUUGCACAUUUGCGUUUUUGUUGUCGAGCCCCGCCGCCCUCCAGGGGCCCGGGCGCGGGCGACCCCCGCUUCGCUUCCUCCGUGCGUCCACAGGCCGCAUGCGCGCUAGUAGUCAGUAA